CUGAAAUUGAACCUUCUUGUAUAUAGAGAGCCACUGCAGCAUUAAUCCCAUGCGUUGACUACAAGCCCUGAAACUCUCAAGCCACUACUAUAGUACGUCUCUUAUGCCUGAUCGAGCCUCCUCGUCCUCGUCCCCUUCGCGCAAGGACUCCGCAACAGCAGCCCGGAACUACCCCUUAAAGCUUAAAUCAUGGUUCACUAACCUCUGUUCACGAGCCUCCGCCUCACCCUCACACCCACACUCACUAACCCCCAGCCGCCAUCCGCCACACGCACAAACCCACUCCCAGCUCCUCAGCACCCUCCCUCUCGAGAUCCAGCGUCAAAUCUACGCCCACAUUCUCCACUCCUACGGAAGCGUCCAACACAUCCUCCUCUCCAACAACAAACUGACACACAUGCGCUGCGCGUCGCCAACUUCACACAUCUAUUUCCAAACCCAGAGCGCUAGAAACGGUGUCUGUAUGCCGUACGAUACCGCCUAUCGAAAGAGCGUACAAAAUGGCCGGGAGAUAGUACCACUGCUCUUGAGCUGUAGACAGACGUGAGCCCCGCCCAUUACAUAACACAUGCCGUACACUACUGCUCUAGCUGACCCGGCCCAAUAGCUACCUCGAAUUCAUCGAAUUCAUCUACUCAUCCGCCGCCUUUCGCCUCCCUAUCAGCGCCGCCACACAACUCAUCGCCACCGUCCCCGCCCCCUACAUGGCCCUCGCACACUUCCAUCUCUCCUUCUCCCUCACCAGCCCUAUGUACCUGCCACCCCGCGCCUGGCCCAUCGGCUUC